AUGAUGGCAUGUACUUGGGCUAGCCAAGCCCACAAGGACCAGGAUGAACUAUUGAAAGUCAAAAUAGAGAAGGAGGAAGAAGAGGAAGAGCGUAAGUAUACUAUCACUCAGGAUCAGAACCUGCAGAUGACCAGCACCCCUAGCCGGGAGGUCUUCCGGCAGUACUUCAGACACUUCUGCUACCAGGAAACAUCAGGACCCCGUGAGGCUUUGAGCCGACUCCGGGAGCUGUGCCACCAGUGGCUGAGGCCAGAGACCCACACCAAGGAGCAGAUCCUGGAGCUGCUAGUGCUGGAGCAGUUCCUGACCAUCCUGCCUGAGGAGCUGCAGGCCUGGGUGCGGGAGCAGCAUCCAGAGAGCGGGGAGGAGGUGGUCACUGUGCUGGAGGAUUUAGAGAGAGAGUUUGAUGAGCCAGGUUACCAGAUCUCAGUCCAUGCCGAAGGACAGGAAGCACCCUUGCAGGAGAGGGGGCCUGUCGGGACCAAACAAGGAUCCAUUGUGCUCUUCCCCUCCGUGAAGGCCCAGCUGAAGCGUGAAUCUCCAGGACCUGACACCCAUCAGGUGCAAGUUUCAGAUGUCAAGACUGGAAAUGAGUACAAAAAUUUAACACUGAAGCAAGAAAUUUCUGAAGAAAUGGAGCCAUGUGGGAAUAUAUCUAACAGAGUUGAAAAUGAAGUGUCCCAGUCAGCGAGGUAUGAAAAAUCUCCUGAACCUGAAGAAAAAACAGAAGCGCCCGCUAGAUACUCCAGGGAAGAAAAUCAACACGCAGGUGAUAAAAACGGAGUAAGUUUGACCGAGAACUCAGACCUUGCUGAACAGCAGCAAGUCUGUCCUGGAGGAAAACUGUACGAAUGUGAUGACUGUGGGAAAGCCUUUCGGCAGCACUCACACCUCCUAGAGCACCAGAGGGUUCACACUGGAGACAGGCCCUACAAAUGCGAAGAAUGCGGGAAAACUUUCCGCGGGAGAACUGUGCUUAUCCGACACAGAAUCAUUCACACUGGAGAGAAGCCGUACAAGUGUAACGAGUGCGGCAAAGCCUUCGGCCGCUGGUCAGCUCUUAACCAGCAUCAGAGACUUCACACUGGCGAGAAGCACUACCACUGCAGUGAGUGUGGCAAAGCCUUCAGCCAGAAAGCAGGCCUCUUCCACCAUCUCAAGAUCCACACGAGAGACAAGCCCUACCACUGUGCUCAGUGCAACAAGAGUUUCAGCCGGCGUUCCAUCCUCACCCAGCACCAGGGAGUGCACACAGGGGCAAAGCCCUAUGAGUGCAGUGAGUGUGGAAAAGCCUUUGUUUACAACUCCUCCCUUGUUUCCCAUCAAGAGAUCCACCAUAAGGAAAAGUGUUACCAGUGUAAGGAAUGUGGGAAAUUCUUCAGUCAGAGUGGCCUUAUUCAGCACCAGAAAAUCCACACUGGGGAGAAGCCCUACAAGUGUGACGUGUGUGGAAAAGCCUUUAUCCAGAGGACCAGUCUUACAGAACAUCAGCGAAUUCACACUGGAGAGAGACCCUACAAAUGUGAUAAAUGUGGGAAGGCUUUCACUCAGCGAUCAGUCCUCACGGAGCAUCAGAGGAUCCACACUGGAGAGAGGCCCUACAAGUGCUACGAGUGUGGGAAUGCCUUCCGAGGCAUCACCAGCCUCAUCCAGCAUCAGAGAAUCCACACAGGGGAGAAGCCCUACCAAUGCGACGAGUGUGGCAAGGCCUUCAGACAGAGGUCAGACCUUAGUAAGCACCGGAGAAUCCACAAUAGAGGUGGCGCCUAUAAAUGUGAGGAGUGUGGGGAAACAUUCAGGCAGAACUCGGCUCUCACUCAACACCAGACUGUCCACUAAGGAGGAAAACCUGUUGCUGUGUGAUGACUGCAGGGCAGCUACUGCAGAGGGCAGGCUGCAGAGAAGCACUAGCUUUGAAAUGAUUCAGGGCAAAGCAUCAGUCAUGGUUGCUGUGAGGAAACGCAGAUAAGCGGCCACCGGGUACAGCCCGGUGCGUGGGGGGCUGUGGAGAACAUGGAGCAUCACACUGCCUGCCGUUGCUCGGUGUACAGCCGGGGUGGGGCAUGUGAGAGCCACGUGUUGAGCUGCAUGGACUGCAGCCAGCAUAGUCAUGUAGAGUUCCUCGGCCCCAGGCAGACAGAAGUGCUGUAGCUCCUGACAGAUCGCUCUGCCCAAAGUCAGGCAAGAUUAUACUGAGGAUGAGGGUUCCAUGGGCAGAUUUGGAAGUUGAAAGGGAGAAAUAUCUAGAGUAAACAAAUGUGAGCAGAGGCAGAGAGGCCUAUGGUGGGAAAGCAUCGGUGACGAGACAGGCCGAUCCAAAGUAGAGGCUGAAAGGGGGUAGCUGAUGGCUGGAGCCAAAGCAGCGGGGAUCUAGACAGUGAGGCUGAGAGGCCAGUGGUUUCACCCGGGCCUUUAUAACACUGACCAGAGCACUUUUCUCAUUUAAUUCCUAAAAUGUGUCUAAAACCACUCUCCAUUUAAAAACAAGCUGUCUUGCACGUGGAGAACCUGACUUAGCUACAGUAUCUCACAGAGAAAGAGCUCGGCUGCCUCACGUUCCAGUCUGGUCUCUGACGUCACCCUGACCCGUAGAGACUCCUCAACCUCAGUGAGCGCCAGAACCACUCACGGGGCUUGGCCACGUGCCCGAGUCCGCUCAGAGAUGUUCUGCUCUGCUCAGUCAGGGGGUUGAGAAUUCAUGCUGUAGCCCCACACUCACCUGGUGUCUGCUGAAAUUUGAGGGAUGUUGCGUUGAAACCCCAACUGCCUUUGUGGUUGCCUGUGAAGCAGGGAAGCCUGAACAGGCCUGUAAGGCAGGCAGAGCUGCAGACUAUAGUGCAAGAAGAGCCUGCAGGGUUGUGUGCCCCCUCCCCCAGCCCUUCACAGCGGGGGGUCAGACCUCUGGUGCCCAAACUCUGGGACCACAGGGUGGCCCCUCCACCCCUUCAUAUGUCAGUGUCUAGAGAGUGUUCUGAGUCACACCUGGGAGGGGAUAGGUCCAGGCAGGGGAGGGGUGCGGUGCUCGUCUCCGCUUUAACCCCCCUUUACCCCAGCUCUGUGCCAAAGGCUUGGGACAUCUGAAAAAAAUAUGAACAACUGGUUGGCACUGCCCCGCAUUACUGAGUGAACAGUUCUGUGCUGG